AUCGUCGCUUUAGUCACCUAAGGGACCUCAUAUCGAUCGGUCCUUUCACUUCUCGUAACCAAGUUCCAUCAGUAGCUACUAUUUUUGUUUCCACGUUGGCUAUUCGUACAAACAAAUAAAGAAAAUCAUUCUUUUUUUACUAUCAAUAUAUUAAAAUAAUAUAAAAUGUUUACCGUAUAACCCAUACUAUUUGUACAUAAAUAAUAUAUUUAAUUAAUGACUAAUGACUGAAAUGAGCUUGAAAAAUGUAUUAGUUAUAUUAUUUUUAUGUUCUUUUUCAACACAUCAUUGCGUUCAACUUGAACAUGGACCUGUCAAAACUGCCUUGUUACAGACAUGGGCAGAAAAGUUGUACUUCGAACUUUGGAAUUGCGGCGAGUACAUUACAAAUAGAAAAUCAUUGCAGGCAAAGUAUAAUAAAGAAUCUAGAAUCGAAGAAAAAAAUGGAGAAAUUCUAGCUGCCAACAUUUCUAGUGUGAUUAAAUCCAUGAUGGAUAAAAAACAACAAGCUUUGAAGAGAAUUUUAGACACUGUUGAAGGGGCUGCAUUUGAUGCUCAUAAUAAACCAGUGCCAAGUAAUUCAUAUUUAUAUAGAAGUGCCAAACCUGAUCCAGAAAAACCAAAUUCAUCCUUACCUUUAAAUUUAGUAGCAAAUUCUCAUUUCUUUAAUACGGAAGUAAACUUAUCUUACAGUUCUGUGCAUGUACCAACCUACGUUUAUGAUAGAGCAUCAGAUGUGUUAAAAUCUAUAAAAUGGUCCGAAAAUUUGGAUGCCAUAUUCGAUUUCAAUUAUAGAAACGAUCCAAGGAUGUCAUGGCAAUAUUUUGGAAGUACAACAGGUUUCAUGCGACAGUAUCCAGCCAUGAGUUGGACUAUAAAUCCAGUAGACUUGUAUGAUUGUCGAAUGAGGCCGUGGUACGUAGAAGCAGCAGCUUGUCCCAAAGAUAUACUUAUUUUAGUGGAUAAUUCUGGAUCCAUGAUGGGUCAAAGCAAAAUUAUUGCCAGACAUGUCAUUAAUACACUAUUGGAUACACUUUCAGUUAACGAUUAUGUUAAUGUGCUAGUAUUUAAUAAUGAAACAGAAGAGGUUGUUCCUUGCUACAAAGAUUUACUUGUGCAAGCAACUCUUGCUAAUAUAAGAGAACUGAAAUUAGGAGUUGAAAAUAUUGCCGAACCGAACAAUAUAUCAGACUUCAGAAUUGCGCUAACCGUAGCAUUUAAAACUCUAGAAAAAUACCGAGAACAAAAAAGAGGUACAAUGUGUAAUCAAGCUAUUAUGUUAGUCACCGAUGGUGUACCAGAAAAUUUUUAUGAACUUUUCAAGUUAUUCAAUUGGCGAGAAGGUACACAGGGAAUGCCAGUCAGAGUGUUUACAUACCUAAUAGGUCGCGAAGUACCGGAGACAAGAGAUGUAAAAUGGAUGGCUUGUGCGAAUCAUGGGUUUUUCGUUCAUUUGCGGACAGUGGAAGAGGUUCGAGAACAAGUGGUACAUUAUUUGCCAGUUAUGGCAAGACCACUAGUACUACAUCAAACUUAUCACCCUACAAUUUGGACACCCCUUUAUGCAGAUAUUACAGAUCCAAAAAUGACGGACUACUUAUGGGAACGAGAGGAGUGUAAUGAGCAAAGAGAAAAAACUUUGAGUUAUAAAAAAAUGAAAAAUAAAUUUUUUUUCCCAAAAAAUUUAGAAAAAUGGGAUCGCGAUAGAUUUAAAAAAGAACAAAAUCAAAACACUAAUAUAAACCGACAAAAAAGUCAUAACUUAAUCACAUCUAUAGCGAUGCCAGCUUACGACAAAAUAACAGAAACUAAUAUCACUGUAAGAAGGCUUAUAAAUGAUAACAUCUGGGUAUGGGAAACACGCGAGACAAAAGUCGCCCAUUUAUUGGGUGUCGUAGGAACUGACGUUCCAGAAGCAGAUUUACGGGAAGCAAUGAUGCCACAUGUGCUUGGCGUCAACAACUAUGCUUUCAUUGUUACUAACAAUGGUUUUGUAAUUACUCACCCAGAUUUAAGACCUGUGUUUGGAAACAUUUUGAAACCGAAUUAUAAUAGUAUAGACAUGAUCGAAGUUGAACAAGUCGAAAGUGAUCAACACCCAAGAGAAUAUCACGAAGACUUAUUGAAACUUCGGGGUUACAUUAUCAACCACACUACCGGAGACCUUGAACUUUCAAUUAAAUACCACUAUGACAAUUUAAGACGUGCUGCAACUGCUAGUAGACAUUAUUACUACUCAUUAGUGGAAGGUACACCUUAUACAGUUGUAGUAGCUCUGCAAGAAAAACACUUCGGGCAUAGUGUAAGAAUACCUGAUCGUUUUCAAAAUUUAAGUACAACGAGAUCAUCAUUGCUUGAUUACUUUAAAGAUGACGACUGGAAAAUUCAUCCAGAUUGGCUCUAUUGUCGAUACGAAUAUGACAGAGACAAUAAUUACACCAAGGAAGAAGAACUGAAACAUUUUCUCAUGCGUAUUAGUACAAGGUCUAAUAUUUGGAACAAAUGGCCACCUCCAAGGUUCUACAGUGAAUCGUAUUACUCGAAUGGGACGAAAAAGCCCGAGGAAUAUCAUGAUUGCAAAUGUUAUUGCAAUAAAGAAUUAAUGUUGAGCUUGAUUUAUGACGCAAACAUUACAAAAGGAUUAUUCACGGAAUCAAAAGACGAUCCUGAUAAGAAAAAGAAUCCAGCGGCCGUUUUGAUGAGCCUUUUGCCAAGAAACGAAUUCGAGAAAAGAUUUGGCGUAACGUUAGCCUUUGUGGCUACUCAUAGUGGCCUUACCAGGUGGAUAGAUUAUAAACAGAAGUCUAAGUCACUGACUCCUCAAUUCAUUCAAGAUAACAUUUAUUCUAUAGAAGAAGUGUGGUACAGGCGAGCAGUCGAAUACAAUUCAGUAUACGAUGAAAGCUAUGUAUAUUCCGUGCCUUUCGAAAUCGAAAACACCAGAACCACACUGGUGACUGCCAGUCAGGCAGUAUUCGUUUCAAACAAGGACACCAAGCCAACUAAAAAAGCUGCCGCCGCCGUUGUCGGAUAUCAGUUUCGACACUCUGCCUUACAAGAACUUUUCAUUAAUAUUACUAGACAAUGUUAUUCGGAAAAUGGUUGUUCAGCAAAAGACACUUGUGAAUCAGACGAACGAGAUUGUUACAUAUUAGAUAACAAUGGAUACAUCAUUGCAUCGGAAAAUGUCCAAGAGACCGGUAUGUUUUUCGGUAAAGUCAACGGAAUCAUAAUGAAAAUGAUGGUAGCGGAUAAAGUUUUCAAAGAAAUUAGAAUUUUUGAUUACCAAGGAGUGUGUUUUAAACGAGAACACGAAGACGACUCUAGUAGCGCAUCUUUUUUGCUAACUCCAAUACAUCAUUUACGGAGUAUAAUUGGAUGGUUGAUUGGACGCAUGUUUUUGGUAGCUGCUCAAACGAAUUUCCAAUGGAUGUUGUCUCAAGCACAAGCUAUAUUUGAAGACAUAUCCGACUAUAUGGAUGAUGAAGAAAACAACUACACUGAAGAACAAUUAAAAAGUUUCCAAAUCGAAGGAGAAAGAGCCCUACAUGUUGUUAUGAUUAAUAGAACUCGGCCAAAAACAUGCGAUCGAGUUGUUAAUUUGUAUACUUUAACAUCAAAAAUACCAGAACGAAUUGAAAGAAAGUUCAGAUGUGAUAGACCUUAUGAAGUACGCAAAAUAAUGAACACUAACUUAAUUCUAUUAGUGGUUGACGGAUUAUGUACAGAGAAUGACACAAUGGCUUUUGACACAAUACCCCAUGAAGUCCCUUAUAAAAAUAUAUCGUUAAGUUGCCAUAAAGCUACUUCCAGUUUACCUCGAAAUAGGCCUAAAAUGGCCUGCAUAAGAACACAUCCUCAAGAACACGAAAUAUAUGACAAAAUGUGUGGAAAGGGUAUAUCAUUAGUUCCCACUGCUGUAUUAAUACUUCUAUUUUCUACGUUUAAUUUUUUAAAACUUUUAUAAAUGUUUUUUAUUUUUUAAACUACAUUUUUUAUAUUUGUUUAAAACUUAAAGUUUUUAAUUGAUGUUAUCUUUUAUGAUUGCUAACUUUAUCAAUGACUACUUCAUGAAUUUAAUACUUAUUUAUACUACAAAUUACCUAUUUUAUAUAUUAUGUAAAUAAAUACCAAAGAAUACAAAUAAUUGUUAUUCCUAUUGGAAAUUUUUGUUCUACGUUAAAAAUAAAUUUGCAUCAUUAUUUAAUAAAAA